GUGUAUACAGCGUGAGUCACCGAGAGGCGGAGGAGGUGGAGGAAAAGGGGAAGGAGGAGUGCACUGGCCGGGAUCGGUGCGGCGCACACACUCACUCGCUCACACUCGCUCACUCUCUCCGAGCGCGUCUCGCUCGCUCGCUCACACACACGCCGGGAGCCCAGGAGCGCGCAGGAUCUCGAGCGCCGCGGAAAAGUUGCUCCGGCUUUCUCUCCGGGACUUGGGGCUUUGGAAAGUGCAUUUGCUCCGCCGUGCCGCCGAGCCUGCGGAAUCCUGCCCUCGCGGCUCGGGACGUUGGGAACACCAGUCGCCGCCGCCGCCUCUGCCUCCGGGACUGUCGGCGGCCUCGACAACAAUAGCGGCGGCCGCCCGCGGCCGGGCGCCCCAAGCCGGUGCCCGCGGGGCUCCCGGGACCCGAGCCGGCCUCUGCUGCCCGGACGCGCGGCCGGCGUGCUUCCCGCGGGCAAGGCGAGCGCCCAGGAGCCGCUCCAGCCCCGAGCCCCCGUGGGGGCCGCGCCGAGCUCCGUCUGCCGAGUCCAUCCCGCCGGCUGGAGUAGAUCGCGGCGCCGGCUCCGAGCCCUCGGCGCCUUCCCGCGCGGAUCCCGGGACCUACAAAGCCGGGGCCGUCCCGGCCCGGGACGGGAUGCGGGUCGGUCCGGUGCGCUCUGCCAUGAGCGGCGCCUCGCAGCCCCGCGGCCCGGCCUUGCUGCUCCCGGCCGCCCGGGGCGCCCCGCUCAAACGCCUGCUGGACGCGGACGACGCGGCGGCCGUGGCGGCCAAGUGCCCGCGCCUCUCCGAGUGCCCGAGCCCCCCGGACUACCUCAGCCCUCCCGGCUCGCCCUGCAGUCCGCAGCCGCCCCCCGCCGCGCCGGGGGCUGGCGGCGGCUCUGGGAGCGCGCCGGGGCCCAGCCGCAUCGCCGACUACCUGCUGCUGCCCCUGGCGGAGCGCGAGCAUGUGUCCCGGGCGCUGUGCAUCCACACCGGCCGCGAGCUGCGCUGCAAGGUGUUCCCCAUUAAACACUACCAGGACAAAAUCAGGCCUUAUAUCCAGCUGCCAUCACACAGGAACAUCACCGGCAUCGUGGAAGUGAUCCUUGGGGAAACCAAGGCCUACGUCUUCUUUGAGAAGGACUUUGGGGACAUGCACUCCUAUGUGCGAAGCCGGAAGAGGCUGCGGGAAGAGGAGGCCGCCCGGCUCUUCAAGCAGAUUGUUUCCGCGGUGGCCCACUGCCACCAGUCGGCCAUCGUGCUUGGGGACCUGAAACUUAGGAAAUUUGUCUUCUCCACGGAGGAGAGAAGCCAGCUCAGACUGGAAAGUCUAGAAGAUACACACAUAAUCAAGGGGGAAGACGAUGCUCUGUCAGACAAACAUGGCUGCCCAGCCUACGUGAGCCCCGAGAUCCUCAACACCACGGGAACCUACUCCGGAAAGGCGGCCGACGUUUGGAGCUUAGGGGUGAUGCUCUACACCCUUUUGGUGGGACGAUACCCCUUUCAUGACUCAGACCCCAGUGCCCUCUUCUCCAAAAUCCGCCGCGGACAGUUCUGCAUUCCUGACCACAUUUCCCCCAAAGCCAGAUGCCUCAUUCGCAGCCUCCUGAGACGCGAGCCUUCGGAGAGACUCACGGCUCCCGAGAUCUUACUCCAUCCCUGGUUCGAGUCUGUCUUGGAACCUGGCUACGUCGACUCAGAAAUAGGAACUUCAGACCAGAUUGUCCCAGAGCACCAGGAGGACAGUGACAUUAGUUCCUUCUUCUGCUAAACCUCAGAAACCUCAAUUCUCACACAUAGCAUUUCCAUUUCUAAAGAUGGACGGGCCUCUCGGCGUGGUGCCAGCCGGACACGUGACGGCGUGAAGACUGUAGCUGCUGAACUCGACGUGGCCCCCCCGCCCCCGUUUGUUGUGAUGAGUGUGUAUUGAUCCGAUCGGCUGCCCCUCUUAACGAGAACCCUCACCAACCAACCGCCCCGCUGGCAGAUGCGGGGGUGGGAGGGGGGGGUGGGUGCUGCAUCUUCCUAGGUGACAAAGAGCAUGGAGAUAUUCUACAGCACGUGUGGUCAAACGAAAGGAACUCCUACGUUUUAAAGGGAGUGUAAGUGAGGCGCACAGUGGCAUUUUGGGCAAUAACCAUAUUUUUAACAGGGUGACAAAUCAUUUGGGCCAAUGAACCUGCCAUCUUCGAACUUGUCUUUGGGAGCUAGACGUUCGCUACCCUAGCUUCUCUCUUGGAAAGUUUUUUUUUGUUUUUUUUUUUUUUGGUUUGGAUUAACACACACCCUGUCUACACAUUCACAGUUACCAAUGACCCUGCUCCGUUUUUGGAGCAGAGCGUUGGGGGAGCACAGGAGCCUGCCUGAACCCCAAACCCAGACUCUCUCUUCUGUUUUCCUGCCACGACCUCAUUUGCACUAAUGCCUUCUCUCUGACCUUGAAAUGUCCCCGUCUUUGCUGUGAAAGCACUUACCAGCUAACCGUGGAGGGGUAUCACAAGAGAUUCGAACUCCUUGGCUAUUUCAGAACUCUGGGCUCAGAGAGACGGCAGAUUUUUAAACGUUCAUUUGAGCUCUUGGAAACCUUUAGCCUGGUUGGGUCCCCUGAAACAGGUCAGCCUGCAUCCUUUUUUUUCCUCAAGACCAUCUCACGGGGGAGUAAUUUGUCUAGGAGGAGAAAGAUAGGGAGACUCCCUCGCCUCUCCCAAGAGCAAACGGUAAACAUCUUUGUGCUUCAGAGAAAGUGGGUUUUGGAUAGUCUUAGACGAUUCUCAGACCCGCUUGCAACCCCUUCAUGCAUAUGGUCUGCCUCUGGCGUUACGUGUCACAUCUGCAGUUUUGCAUGAUGGGUUGUUAAUAUUUUAAAUUUGAUGUGGUUUAUGAAUACAACUCUGUAAUCAGCAUCCGGAGUGAAAUAGCCCCAAAUCUUUAAAGUCAGAAGAGACUUUCAAAGUUUUUCCUCUUUCUGCCAUCUCCUAACCCCCCACCCCCCAACCUUCCCCAUCAACUUCAGCUUCCUUCAGGUGGGAGUCAGCGUCUGUUUGAAUGCCUCCAGAGGUGGGAACUCACUACCUACGAAAAGACAUCUCUUAACAAAGAAACUGCAAAACUCGCAUUAAAAAAACAAACAACCAAGAACCCACGAGAUAUCAGUAAAUGUCUCAGUACUGAAAUCAGGUGAUUAAACGGGUAAACCAAACAUACUGUAUUUUGAGAAAUGGCACAGAUGGGCAGGUCAUCUUUAAGGGCUACGCCUCGGCAAACAACUAACCUGCGUUGUGAGAAUGUUGUAUAUACCUCACGUACUGUGUACUUUGUAUAUAUAUUUUACCUUUUAUACCUAUCGUCCGAUAUGUGUUGUUUUGGCCCUGAGGCUCGGUUUGUUGUCUGUGUCUGUCUGAAUAACCUGCGUGUCUAAAACCACGUGAAAUGUGAAUGAUUAUCGGCAAUAUUACCUUGACAGAAUCAUGGGACUCGGAGAAGAGGGAGGGCGGAGGCCUCUUGUACUAUCGUGCUCGUGGUUGCUUGACUGUUGUAUCUGUGAUACGUUACCCGGCCGAGGACUCCGGGCCAGCUGGGGCUUCUGCCGGGAAAGCCCGAAACACUAGAUCCUUCCUGUACAUGUGUAUAUAUGUGAACAGUGAGACGGCCGUUUCUGACUUGUAGAGAAAUUUUAAUAAAUCGGGUUUCGUAAAUA